CUAACGGUCGACCCACCCUGGUCGGGAGCCGGAGGCCUGGCGCGUUCCUCCGUUGCCCGCUGGGGUCCGCCUAGGCCCGCCGAGCCCUCUGGUCUGGCGAGCAUUCCGGGAGGAGAGCAGGGACACAAAUAGGUCCCCACCGGGGAAACAGCCCGGGGGCGGGGUCGCCCCGGGCGUCAGUGGCCGAGCGGGGCCGCGGGCCCCUCAUGCUUCUUGCUUGUGUAGUCCAGUGCCUGACACGAUGCCUGGCACAGAGUAGACACUGGGUGAUGUACAGCCCGGACCUCUGGCACCACCUCCAUUUUCUUCCUGAGGGGAAACCAAAACAUUUUGUGCUUUUCCACCGGCCUUCCGUGGUCCUGAGGCAGGGUGUUGUGUGUGCCGUGUGACUGGCGCCCGGGAUCUUACAGUUACAGCUUCCCAAUAUUCCUGCAAGGUGAAGUGGAUAAGAACACAGACUACCUCGGAUUGCCUGGGUUCGAGUCCUGGCUGUUUCGAGUAUCAGCUCUGUGACUGUCCACACGUUACUUAAACACUUCAGUGUUUUGGUUUUCGCCUGUUCCUAUGGGAGAAAUGAUGCCUUCUAUUCCCUGGAGUUUUUGUUAGGAUUAAACGGUUUAAUAUACGCAGUAAAUGCUUCAAAGAGUACCUGGAACAUACUAAAGGUUUUGUUACCAUUACCCCGAAAAAUUGGCAGUAAUUAGAAAGCUUCCCAAGAAGCUCUCUUGAUGAGGCUGUGCAGAAUGCAAACUUGUAAAACCCCUUUUCAGGGGGAAUUUGGCAAUAUCUAACAGACUACAUAUGGAUUUGCUACACAUGCAUACUUCAGUGUCCAAACAGGAAAUUUGUUGACUAAACAUCUACACGAUGGAGUACUGUACAGCUGCGAAGAAGAGUAAGGAAAAUCUUUAUAAGAUUAUGGCUGCUGUUCCUCAAAAUAAUCUACAGGAGCAACUAGAGCGUCACUCAGCCAGAAAACUUAAUAACCAAUUAAGUCUUUCAAAACCAAAAUCUUCAGGUUUCACUUUUAAAAAGAAAACAUCUUCAGAUAACAAUGUAUCUGUAACUGGCGUGGUAGCCAAAACAUCUGUGUUAAGUACUAAAGAUGUUAAUGUUACUGAGGCCUUUUCCUUCAGUGAACCUCUAUCCCACACCACAAGUCAACAGACAAGGAUCAAUGACUUUAAAAAUGCUCCAGCAGGACAACAGACCCAGAGAGUUGGUUCAAAACCAUUAUUACCAGAUUUGUCACAGAUUCCGAAGAAAGUUUUAUGCACUACCCAAAACACACCAGUUAAAAAGAAACCUCGUGAUGCUGCUUUCAAGAAGUUAGAAUUUAGUUCUUCAUCAGAUUCUUUUAGUACCAUCAAUGAUUGGGAUGAUAUGGAUGACUUUGAUACUUCUGGAACUUCAAAAGCAUUUGUUACACCACGGAAAAAUCACUUCAUAAGAGUAAGCACUGCUCAGAAAUCAAAAAAAGCUAAGAGAAACUUUUUGAAAGAACAGUUUUAUAAAACAAAUACAAUAAAGGCUGAUUUGACUCCUUCCUUCUCUGAAAGCAAGCAAGUAGAUUUGACUAAGGAUCAGAAGGAUGACUCAGAAUGGUUAAAUAGCGAUGUGAUUUACAUCAGUGAUGACCCCAUUUCUGAAGUACCUAUAAAUCAAGAUACUCAGGAAAGUCACUCUUUAAAAACACAUUUGGGAAAUGAAAGAGAUAAUAGUGAAAAGAAGAAAAAUUUGGAAGAAGCUGAAUUACAUUCAACUGAGAAAGUUCCAUGUAUUGAAUUUGAACAUGAUGAUUACGAUAUAGAUUUUGUUCCACCUUCUCCAGAAGAAGAAAUUAUUUCUGCUGCUUCUUCCUCUUUAAAAUGCUUUAGUAUGUUAAAGGACCUUGACACCUCUGACAAAGAGAAGGAUGUUCUUAGCACAACAAAAAAUAUUUUGUCAAAACCUGAGAAAAUUACUGCACAGGAGCCUAAUCUAGAAACCAGCACAGAUUGUGACGCUAGACAGCUAAAUUUACAGCAGCAGCUUAUUCAUGUGAUGGACCACAUUUGUAAAUUAAUCGAUACUAUUCCUGCUGAAAAACUGAAAGCUUUGGAUUGUGGGAAUGAACUACUUGAGCAGCGGAACAUAAGAAGGAAACUCCUAGCUGAAGCAGAUUUUAAGAGAAGUGAUGCCAGUCUUCUUGGCUCAGUGUGGAGGUGCAGGCCGGAUUCUCUUAAUAGUUCUGUGGAGGUUGAUUCUUCUGGGGAGAAUUUUAUGAAGAAGUUAAAUUUUCCACACCUUCCUUCAAAUUCAGUUUUCCCUGGGGAAUGUUUACUGACCACCACCCCAGGAAAGACAGGAUUCUCAGCCACCACAAAGAAUCAGUUUGAAAGGCCGUUAUUCAAUUCCCAUUUACAGAAGUCCUUUGUAAGUAGCAACUGGGCUGAAACCCCAAAGCUAGAAAAAAGAAAUGAAAGCUCUUAUUUCCCAGGAAAUGUUCUCACAAGUACUGCUGUGAAAGAUCAGAAUAAACACACUGCUUCAGUAAUUGACGUAGAAAGAGAAAUGCAGCCUUCCUAUGAUAUUGAUAAUUUUGACAUAGAUGACUUUGAUGAUGGUGGUGAUGAUGACUGGGAAAAUAUAAUGCAAAAUUUAGCAGCCAGCAAAUCUUCCACAGCUGCCUAUCAACCUAUCAAAGAAGGUCGGCCAAUUAAAUCAGUAUCAGAAGGAAUUUCUUCAGCCAAGACAAACUGUCUUCCAGUGGCAUCUACUUCUCAAAAUAUAAACUUCUCAGAGUCAAUUCAGAAUUACCCUGACAAGUUGGAGCAAAAUCUAGCAUCCAGAAAUCUGAAACAUGAGCAUUUCCAAGGUCUUAGUUUUCCUCAUACAAAAGAAAUGAUGAACAUUUUUCAUAAAAAAUUUGGCCUGCAUAAUUUUAGAACUAAUCAGCUAGAGGCGAUCAAUGCUGCACUGCUUGGUGAAGACUGUUUUAUCCUUAUGCCAACUGGAGGUGGUAAAAGUUUGUGUUACCAGCUACCCGCCUGUCUUUCUCCUGGGGUCACUAUUGUCAUUUCUCCCUUGAGAUCACUAAUUGUAGAUCAAGUCCAAAAACUGACUUCUUUGGAUAUUCCAGCUACAUAUCUGACAGGUGAUAAGACUGACUCAGAAGCUACAAGUAUUUACCUCCAACUAUCAAAGAAAGACCCAAUUAUAAAACUUCUAUAUGUUACUCCAGAGAAGGUCUGUGCAAGUAACAGACUGAUUUCUACUCUGGAGAAUCUAUAUGAGAGGAAGCUUUUGGCACGUUUUGUUAUUGACGAAGCACAUUGUGUCAGUCAGUGGGGACAUGAUUUUCGUCAAGACUACAAAAGAAUGAAUAUGCUUCGUCAGAAGUUUCCUUCUGUCCCGGUGAUGGCUCUUACUGCCACAGCAAAUCCCAGGGUGCAGAAAGACAUCCUCACUCAGCUGAAGAUCCCCAGACCUCAGGUGUUUAGCAUGAGCUUUAACAGACAUAAUCUGAAAUACUAUGUAUUACCGAAAAAGCCUAAAAAGGUGGCAUUUGAUUGCUUAGAAUGGAUCAGAAAGCAUCACCCACAUGACUCAGGGAUAAUUUACUGCCUCUCUAGGCGAGAAUGUGACACAAUGGCUGGCACAUUACAGAAAGAUGGUCUCGCUGCUCUGGCUUACCAUGCUGGCCUCAGUGACUCUGACCGAGAUGAGGUGCAGCACAAGUGGAUUAAUCAGGAUGGCUGUCAGGUUAUCUGUGCAACAGUUGCAUUUGGAAUGGGGAUUGACAAACCUGACGUGCGAUUUGUGAUUCACGCCUCUCUCCCUAAGUCCAUGGAGGGUUACUACCAAGAAUCUGGUAGAGCUGGAAGAGAUGGGGAAACUUCUCACUGCCUGCUUUUCUAUACCUAUCAUGAUGUGACCAGACUAAAAAGACUUAUAAUGAUGGAAAAAGAUGGAAAUCAUCACACAAAAGAGACUCACUUCAAUAAUUUGUAUAGCAUGGUACAUUACUGUGAAAAUAUAACAGAAUGCCGGAGAAUACAGCUUUUGGCUUACUUUGGUGAAAAUGGAUUUAAUUCUAAUUUUUGUAAGAAAUACCCAGAUGUUUCUUGUGAUAAUUGCUGUAAAACAAAGGAUUAUAAAACAAGAGAUGUGACUGAUGAUGUAAAAAAUAUUAUAAGAUUUGUUCAAGAACAUAGCUCAUCACAAGGAAUGAGAAAUAUAAAACAUAUUGGUCCUUCUGGAAGAUUGACUAUGAAUAUGCUGGUCGACAUUUUCUUGGGGAGCAAGAGUGCAAAAAUUCAGUCGGGUAUAUUUGGAAAGGGAUCUGCUUAUUCACGACACAAUGCGGAAAGACUUUUUAAAAAGCUGAUACUUGACAAGAUUUUGGAUGAAGACUUAUAUAUCAAUGCCAAUGACCAAGCAAUUGCUUAUGUAAUGCUUGGAGAUAAAGCCCAAACUGUACUAAAUGGGCAUUUAAAGGUAGACUUUAUGGAAACAGAAAAUUCUAGCAAUGUGAAGAAACAAAAAGCUUUAGUAGCAAAAGUAUCUCAGAGGGAAGAGAUGGUUAAGAAAUGUCUUGGAGAACUUACAGAAGUCUGCAAGUCUCUGGGGAAAGUUUUUGGUGUCCAUUACUUCAAUAUUUUCAAUACUGUCACUCUCAAGAAGCUUGCAGAGUCUUUAUCUUCCGAUCCUGAGGUUUUGCUUCAAAUUGAUGGUGUUACUGAAGACAAACUGGAAAAAUAUGGUGCAGAAGUGAUUGCAGUAUUACAGAAAUACUCUGAGUGGACAGUGCGAGCUGAGGACAGUUCCCCAGGGAUGAGCGUGUCCAGCAACAGAGGCACCAGAAGAAAUACCCAGGAAGAGCUCGAUGAGGAAACACCCAUAUCUUCUCACUACUUUGCAAAUAAGACCAGAAAUGGAAGAAAGAGGAAAAGUAUGCCAGCCUCCCACAGACCUAAGAGGAGAAAAACUGCAUAUAGUGGUUCCAAGAUGAAGGGGGGAUCCACCACAUACAGAAAAGUAUCUCCCAAAACUAAAUCGUCCAGCAUAAUUGGAUCCGGUUCAGCCGUGCAUGGUUCGCAAGCAACAUCAGGAACCAGUAGAAAAUUGGGGAUUAUGGCUCCACCAAAGCCUAUAAAUAGACCGUUUCUUAAGCCUUCAUAUGCAUUCUCAUAACAACCAAAUCUCAACGUGCAUAGAUCUUCUUUCUUGUUUGUCAGCAUCCGACCAUCUGUGAACACAAAGCUGUUAUUCUUGUAAUGCCAUUUGAAAUUUUUACUCGUAUCUAUUAAUAUUUAAAUAAAUGCUUGGGGGUAAUAGUUCUUAUUUUUAAAAAUAAACAUUUUCUUUUGAAUAAGCAUGUUUUGCUGCCACUGCAAGUGUCGUAGCCGUUGUUUCUCAGAAUGUCUGAGGCAGCAGCUGAAUCAUCUUGGUGAAAGAAAGAAAUUCUGAGCAUAACAAGAAACUCCGGAGCCAAAGGAAAGACACAUGUGGGACCUUGUGAAACUGUAAAACUUUUUGUAUAAGACAACAUCAACUAAAAGACAAAUGACAGAGAAAAUAGAAAGUAUAUUACAAAGGAUUGAUAUCCAUAAUAUACAGGGUACCUAUGAAUUAUUAAGGAAGAGUCGGCCCAGUAGACAAGUGAACAAAGGAUGUGAACAGGCCAGUCUCAGAAGAAGAAAUAUAAAUGGCCUACGACUAUUUGGAAAAUGGUCAAGCUCCCUAAUUAAAAAUACAAAUUAAAACCAUGAGAUACCAGUCUUUUGCCUGUCAAAUCGUCAACCUUGAGUAACAUCCCAAUACCUGGAGUCAACAAGAGGAUGGCAGGACGGAUGGUUUUGAUGAGACCACAUUGAACACUGGUAGUCGUCCUUCAGUAUUGGGAUUGUUUCUCAGGCUCCUCCAGAAUAGGCUGAUGGGCCACAAAGUCUACAGGUGGCAUUUUGGUGCCUCUCGCUGGAACUCCAGUGACCUCGUUUUUGGAGGCAUCCCGUUUCUUAGCCGCACCGGAUCAUGUUCUGCUUCACUUGCAGCGACACGGCUGGCGGCCACUGGUGCUUCCUGAUGCACUACCUGCCAGGAACGUUGUUGCAGCGGAGGAGGGCGGUCAGGAACCUGGCGCCAGCACAUUCUGCAGGAGUCUGCAUCCCCCAGGCCUUGGGCUGAUGCUCUACACCCAGCCCUUGAAAACAUUCUAGGUUGGGAGAAGCUCUGCUGAGUUUCUCAGGACCCAGGAGCAGGCACACCAAAGGCAAGCAACUGCCUUCCUCCAGCUCAGGCUCCAGGGCAUAUGCUGCAUCCACACGGGGCAACCCCAGGAGCGCAGAAGCCAGCAAACUUCCCCUGAACCAAAGCCAGGGCCUCUGGCAGCAAAAGACAGGAACUGUAACAGUGAAGCUGCUCCUGGCUGGGCCUUGAUAUGGGCCCUCUGUGGGCACAGAAAUCACCACCACCUGGGGUAGGAGAAGAAACAAGCCCACCGGAGAGUUCUAGCCCUGGCCCACCUGCCCUAGGUACAGGAGGGCCUGACUCCCACCUUCACCAUUACCCCUCCGGGGGGAACCGGAAGGAUGGAGUCGGACUCUCCAGCUGCAUGCACACCUUCCCUAGGCUCUUGCACUCCAGAGAGUUGACUGGUGGCUCUGUGCUCACUUCAAGGGACAGGGAACUCACUACCUUACAGACGAGAACAAGCAUUGAGAGCCCACUCUUUACCAAAGGCUGUUCCAGAAACUCUCACGCAACUUAACCCCUCCGACAGCCCAGGGAGGCAGACACAUGAUAUUAGCCUUUUUUAUGCAGAAACCAGAAUUCAGAGAGGUUAUGUAACUUGCCCAAAUCCACACAGCCAGGAGGUGGUAAGAAGUAGGCUAACGGGCAUCUCAGUUCGCCCUGAGGAGUCCCCAUUUACAUCUGUUGUCCUGGUGUCAUAAUUAACACAGCUCGAUUUCAUUCUCAAAAGUGCUCCAGUUUGGACAACAAAUUAUAUGGAAUCCGGGUCUGUGCUUGCAAGAAUCUGAGCUCUUCCCCUGAACAAUCCAACCUCCUCUCCUAACCCCAUUUUUCCAUCCAAAGCUUCAGGGGCCGCCUGCUAUGGCCGGCUCAGAACUGCCAGCCCCUGCUGCAGGCUCCAGGGCCAGAGGCUGCAGAAUUAUCAAUCAGCACAGCUGAGCUGCGGUUUUUCUCCAGAAAAGGAAGUGGAAGCUGUGGUCCAGGCCCACUUGCUCUUGAGAAACUGCUUCGUCUCCCCGUCCUGCAGCAGUCCAGAGCUACUCAGGGCCCGGAGGCCCACCCUGUCCUUGGGAGGCUCCUCGAGUCACGGACUCAGAGCAGGUGCGUGGGCGGAGGAGCCGGCAGCGGCCGGGGAUGCACCAGCUGUCACCUCUGCCUCCCAGGAGCUCUGUGGACUCAAGUUCCAGCUUCGCCCACCCUUUUGUCCUGUCCUCCCAGUGGCAGGGGCCUCUGGCAGCUAGAGCAGAUCCCCAGGGGACUGGAGCAGCCACUUCUGUAGGGCAGCCCCAAAUCUGUGAAGACAAGCACGCUUGGCUUUCAGAAAGCUCCUGCUUUCCAAAAAGCCCUCACUUUCUUGUCCUUCCCACCCCCAGAAAGCCUUUCCUCAGCCAGACCUGUGUUCCUCGCGGCAGAAAGGAGAGAGCACGACCCACAGCAGUUGGAGUGGGCUGUGAGCCCUGCUCUGGGCACUGCUAGGAAGGAGGACAGGACAAGAGGGUGGACAGCAACCAGGACUUGAGCCCACAGAGCCCCUGGGCAGGAGAGGCAUCCCCAGAGCAGGGCCUGAGGCUGGGUCCCUGCAGCUGGCCAGGCGUGAAGGAUGAGGUUUUUGUGUCAUCACAACUCAGCUGCAUGGUUCCUCCACCCCACAGAGGAGUCACUGACCACUGGGAAGGUGCCAGGACAGCACUCCGAUGGCCACUAGACUCACGGCUGCUCAGGAUGUGGGAGUUCUCUCUAGGCAGUCUCUGUCGCCAUGGGUCCCACCCACAGGGCCUGCCACACGCACAAGCCACAGGCAUCUGCCUGUCCUGGCCCCAUCUACUUAGUCCCUGCCAGAAGCCGUGAUGCCCCGUGAAGGUCAGGCCCUGGCCCUCUGCCCAGCUGGGGGCAGAGCAGAGCACUCGGUCUCCGCCUCCUACAGGGAAGACCCCUCAGUGGGGCAGACCCAGAGCAGUGACCGUUGGGGGGGGGUGAGGGUGACGUCCUGGGAACUCCUGACCCAAAGGAAGGGCCUCAAGAGCCUCCAUUAACAGACUCCGAAAUCCUAGCCUGGAGGGAAGGACAUCAAAGACACCAAGACCUCUGGCCAGGGUGCCACUCAGUCAGACCCAGUGCCCUUGGGCCUGCUCCCCUGCUGAGGGCCUGGAGCCUGCCGUGACUAGGGGAGGCAGUAACCCCACUAACCUCAGAGAUGAGCUCAACAUCUGCAGUGCCGUGGUGAGCGGCCAAAGCUAAUAGCACCAGAAAGAGGUGAGCCCCGCUGCAGACACGCCUGCACAGCUGGCUGUGCAUCGCAAGGACAGGGACCUGUGCACCCAACUGAAAUCCGGUUCCAAGUGGGCACAACCCUGCUCCUUCCUCAGCUCUGAGUGGCCUCGAAAGCUGCAGCCCAAAGGGCCCCAAUGUCUCAUCUGCACAAUAAACACGCAGCCUAUCCCUGCCUCCAGGGCUGUUGUGGCGUCCUUUUGGCCAGAUAUUCCACAAACAUUUGUUGGCCAGAGCACAGGCACGGCUCUGGCCCUCGGCAAGGUCACAGGCAGUGAGGGCAACGCCCUGGGAGAAGUGGCACAGAGCGGGGUGGAGGAUGGGGGGGUGCCCCCAGGGCCAGCCCAGCCACACCCAGCAAGGCCGCAGGCAGGCCAUCCCUGCUGGGGCCACCUUGUGCCCUCCUCUGUCCUCCCCUCACCUUCUAGGAAGAGCAGAAGGGAUGUGGAGCCCACUGGCCUGGGACCCUUUCUUGGCAGAAAGCAACCCUUGCCAGCCCGGCCACCCUCCUUGCCUUGAAGGGAUAAGCACCCUGGACUUGGUCACCUGCCUGCGUGACCAUGGGGGCAGCACAACAGGAACUCCCGCCCAGGGAGGGGACACUAUUGGGGAGCCCCCUGUCACCCUGCAAGGACCCCCACCCCACAGGUCUCACUACUCCCUCCACAACCCUCAGCUUAGAUCUGCACCUUUGUCUCCAGACCUGGGGACUGGGCACACAACAGGUACCUAAUAACAAUUGCUGGGGGCGUGAAGGGAGCAGCAAAGGCGUCUGCCCAGACUACCCUCGUGGGAGGUGAGAUGGGAGGAUGGGACGGGCUGACUGGCCAGGCCAGGCCCUGGGGGGGGGGGGUGCAGGUCCCUCCCCCACCGCUUGUGCCUGCUUCACGCGUGACACUUGCCCUCCAGUCGGCCUCAGUACUCACUUAAUCUCUUGUGUGUGUGUGUGUGUUGAUGUUUUUGGCUAGUUGGUGUCUUUUUUGUUCUCAAAUAGCCAAUUGCCCCAUUUUUUUAUUUGGAGCUGCAUCGAUUAUCAUGUGCUAAGAUUUUUACAUUCACCAGUGUCUGCCGCCAGCUCCCUCUCCUGCCCUCUGCGCCCGGGGUUUCCUCGCGUGGGGGUGCAGGGAGGGGCUGGGAGUUGAAACUUUGUCUUUGGGUCCCGCCUGUGCAGCCCCAGUCUCGGCGGAGAAGCAGGGCCCAGGGCAGUGGCUCUCGCACUUGCUUUAGCCUCGGCCACCCCGACGCCUCGUUAAAACAGUUUCUGCUUCAGCAAGUCUGGGGCGAGGCCCGAGGGUCCGCAUUUCCACCGGGCUUCCCGGCAGUGCUGACACACUUUGAGAACCACUGGCCUCAUGCAGCGGAAAAGAAAGCAGGGGUCACCCCUCAGCUUCAGGGACCUUUAGCUUCGCGGCCUGGGUGAGGCCUUCUCCCCGCCUCCAUCCUCAGCCUCCACCUGCAAAAAUGAGGGCGUCGGGCUCCACGGAGUCCAAGUUGCCUCCACCCUCAGUGCGGGACAAGCUGGGCUGGGAACUGGGGAGGGGGGGCAUCCAGCACUGGGCCGGUGGAACAGCGGACGGCCUGGCCCAGAAGGAGCCGCUUCCAGGAAGGGGACUCGGCUCAGGAGAAGGCCGGGCUUCCAAGCCUCUCCAGCACCGAGGUCCGUCUCAAAGAGAGACCCAGCGACAAGGAAGCAAGAGGCACGGACGCCGUUCCCAGCAGGCACCUUGCAGGGUGCUGCAGGCAAAGGAUACCUCCUUAACCGCCGUGGAGACAAGUGUGAGCUGGCCUCUCCCUGGCCUUGCAGCCCGCAGGGCCGAAUGAGGUCAUGUCACUUCCCACAUGGGCCUGAGAGCAAAGCUUCUCCCUGCGGGCCGGGCAGAUGCCACUUCGUGACACAGUUUGUUGAGAACUCCAAGACAGGGGCCUUAGGUGCCAAUAUGUGACAGAGGCUUUCUAGAAAAACACGACUGCAGUGUUUGCUUGAGGCUGGCUCUUUGCCUAGGCGCCAGCAGGAUCCACCUGCCUGAGCUGGGAGUCUCAGAAGAGGAUGGGGCCAGCCUCACCCACCAAUUCCGGAGGAAAAGACUAUCAAAUGGCAGUGGAGUCAGAUUGCCUGGGGUCAAAGGCCAACUUUAACACUUACUGUGUGACCUUGAGUAAGUUACUUUACUUCUCGGUGCCUCUGAGAGACCGAAGCAGCAUAACGAUGUAGGAUGGACUGUUCCGAGCACGAAUAAGAUAAUGUGGGCUUAGCACGUACCGCAGCGCCUGGCACUCACUGAACAUCAGCUAUUGUUCUUGCAGCACAGCGUAUAGACCUGCCCUGUAUACAUGUGUUUGUUGUUCAUAUUUGUACAGAAGUUGACUGAUGAAUAAACUGGACAUAGUUUUCACUCA